CCAGGUCAAAUUCAGACAACCUCUCUCCAAUCUUCAUUAUCUCAUAGGUGAAUCGAAACUCUUAUUUAAACCCAACUAUGGCAUUGCACAAAUGCAUAAACACAAGUUUCUUAUUCUCAACUUUCUUCACAUAUUAAGUUUUCUUUGUUUUUUGUUGCCAUCAUAUCUCAUCUUGCAACUUCGAGCUUGUUAAUACAUAAAGCCCAAAAAGGCCAAUAAAAUGCAGGAACAAAAUCUGAAGGUGUGGCUUAUUCUAGCAAUAUCAGCAUGGGUCAUCAUCCUCCAACAAGUAAAUGCAGUAUCAGAUGUAACCUUCGACCUUGAAACAGCUUCAAAAACAAAAUACAACACCUUCCUAAGUGACAUACGAACCAAAGUAAAGGAUCCAAAACUAGUUUACGAGGGAAUCCCAAUGUUACCACCCCCAACAACACCAACAAAAUACAUUCUGAUCGACCUAAAAGCCAAACAAAACGCUGCUACUACAAUAACAGUAACACUUGCUCUUAGCAGAAACGACUUAUACGUAGUCGCCUUCACUGAUCAAACUGCACCAAAUUUACGCGCACAUUAUUUCGCUGCUGAUAUUACUCCUGCUACUGUAAGGACUCUGUUUCCAACAGCAACAGAGCUUAUUCCGAUUGGUUAUGGGAGUAGUUACCAGAAUCUUGAAGGAAAUGCUGGUAUUCUUAGAGAAAAUCUGCAGUUGGGAUUUCAGCCAUUAAAACAGUACAUGGUGAAUGUAUAUGGGAAGAGUAUUCAGGCUACAGAUUAUCGGAAAAAUGAAGCUAAAUUCCUUCUUACUACUAUCCAAAUGGUUGCAGAGGCAGCAAGAUUUAAGUAUAUUGAAGGGAAAGCUAUUAAUAGUUUUAUUCCUGAUUAUAAAGUCCCUAGCUUAGAGACGAACUGGGAAAAGAUAUCUAAAGCUAUUCGUUCUGCUGUUAAGAAGUUUACCCCGCCAAUUGCGUUAGUAUAUGCUAAUAAUACGGCAUGGGUAAUUACUCAAGUUAGUGAUAUUAAGCCUGAUCUUGGACUUCUUAAAUAUGUACCCUAAUUAAGUAAUUUAAGGUUAUUUUUAUAUUUAUCGUCUUUUAAGUUUCACGUAUUUUUAUUAUUUUUCCCUUUAUAAAAUAAAAUGUAAUUUCGUAUUUAUCACCAUAAUUUUAUGAAAUGUUUUAUAUUCAUCA